AUGACCGCCACGAGCUGGAAGUUUCGCUCCUCCGCAAGGUGUCUUACGCACUUGGGCAUUGAGCAUGAGAAUGGUGUGGUCACAGGUCCCUACUUGUUGGAUGUUGUCGCCAAAGAUAUGGUGAACCCCUCGCGUCGCAUCAUUUACGAGGUGAACUCCCCGCAUCAUUUCUAUGAGGGCACCAAGGCUUUGGUGGCGGAGAAGCGACUGAGACAUCGCUUGCUUGGUCGACUUGGUCAUCAUUUGCAUAUGGUCAACGCUGCCGACUGGAGGCCAUUGUCUGCGGCUGCCAAGAUGACCUUCUUGCUAAAGAUUCAACAAGAGCAGCAGGACAAGCACAGUGAUGAGUACAAGCAGCAGGCAGCUGCCAAUGUGUCGCGCGCACCCUUAGCUUUGCGGCCGGCUGCAAAGCAGCAAGAGCCGUUCGGGUCUCAAAAGGUCUAUCUUCACAGAAGUUCUACAGAACCGAUUCAAAGCAAAAAAGACUAG